CUCUGCUUCUGCUGCAAAUCGCCGGGGUCCCGGGGUCAUCACAGUGACUCAAAACCUCCCUUGUCCUAUCGCCUUUUUUUUUUCCUUCGCGGCAAGACCCGUCCCGUCCCCAGCUUGCUCUGUAUUAUUUCUUGCGCGUCAGCAGACAAUUCUCUGCUCGACAACAACGGCCAUUGCACCACAGUGGCUUGUCUCCUGCACAGCUUUCUUGAGCUGAGUGAUCUCCAUGGUAUUUCCAACGCUCACAACUUCGCAAGAUUACAUCAGUGACCACCUGUGGAAGGCCUGCGGGUGCUGAACAAAAUCUUCAGACAUGGCUGUGAGCGGGCGUAUCGCGCGCCAGCUGCACCACGACCUUUUCCUCCACCAACAACCCAUAUCGCGCAUUGCCCGACGCACUUUCACUUCUCGGCCGCUUGCACGAUACACUCCCCUCGCCAACGCUCCUGCGAAGUCUGCACACACCACUCAGGCGAGGACCUUCACACGCUCUGCCGCACGUGCUGCGAGCAAGGCCGAAGUUGCUCCCAAUGCAAAGGCCUACCUCGAAAGCGGCGCCAUCGCUGGCGGCCAGAACCUUGUCGAUGUCAAGAAGGUGCUCGUCAUCGGCUCGGGUGGUCUGUCCAUCGGCCAGGCCGGCGAGUUCGACUACUCGGGGUCUCAAGCAUUGAAAGCGCUCAAGGAGGCUGGCAUCCAUUCUGUCCUGAUCAACCCCAACAUUGCUACGAUCCAGACUGCUCACGUGCUCGCCGACGAGGUCUACUAUCUCCCCGUCACGCCAGAGUAUGUCACCUAUGUUAUUGAGAAAGAGAGACCAGAUGGCAUCUUCUUGUCGUUUGGUGGACAGACUGCCCUCAACUUGGGAGUGAAGAUGGACGAAAUGGGCAUCUUUGAGAGAUAUGGAGUGAAGGUCCUGGGUACCCCCGUGCAGACUCUCAAGACCUCCGAGGACAGAGAUCUAUUCGCCAAAGCUCUCAAGGAGAUCAACAUUCCUAUCGCUGAGAGUAUUGCCGUUGAGACUGUCGAGGAUGCCCUCCAGGCAGCUGAGACUGUUGGAUAUCCUAUCAUCGUGCGAGCUGCUUUUGCUCUGGGUGGUCUCGGAUCUGGUUUCGCGGACAACCCGGAAGAGCUUCGCAACAUGGCUGCUCGUUCCUUGACCCUGUCCCCCCAGAUCUUGGUCGAGAAGUCUCUCAAGGGCUGGAAAGAGGCCGAGUAUGAAGUCGUCCGUGAUGCCUCGGACAACUGCAUUACUGUCUGUAACAUGGAGAACUUUGACCCCCUCGGUGUGCACACGGGAGAUUCGAUCGUCGUUUCGCCUUCCCAGACGCUCAGUGAUGAAGAGUACCACAUGCUUCGAACUGCUGCUAUCAAGAUCAUUCGUCACUUAGGUGUGGUCGGAGAGUGCAACGUCCAGUAUGCCCUCCAGCCCGAUGGACUGGACUACCGGGUCAUCGAGGUCAACGCUCGUCUCUCUCGUUCUUCUGCUCUCGCCUCCAAGGCUACUGGUUAUCCUUUGGCAUAUACUGCUGCCAAGAUCGCUCUCGGCCACACUCUGCCUGAGCUGCCCAAUGCUGUCACUCGUACUACUACUGCCAACUUCGAACCGUCUCUCGACUACAUUGUCACUAAAAUUCCUCGUUGGGAUCUGUCCAAGUUCCAGAACGUCGACCGCAGGAUCGGUUCUUCCAUGAAAUCUAUCGGAGAAGUCAUGGCCAUCGGCCGUACUUUCGAGGAAUCUUUCCAAAAGGCUAUCCGUCAGGUCGACCCAAAGUUCGAUGGCCUCCAAGGCGAUCAUUUUGAGGAUCUGGAUGAAGUGCUCAAGAACCCGACCGAUCGCCGUUGGCUUGCUGUUGGCCAGGCCAUGCUCCACGAAGGCUACUCUGUUGACAAGGUCCACGAGCUCAGCAAGAUUGAUCGAUGGUUCUUGUACAAGAUUCAGAACAUUGUUGACACCACCAAAGAACUCCAGGACAUCGGCUCUCUGUUCGGCAUCAAAAAGGAACUCAUGCACAAGGCUAAGAAGCAAGGUUUCAGCGACAAGCAGAUCGCUCGUGCUGUCAAUUCUACUGAAGAUGAGGUUCGCGCCCGCCGCAAGAACUUUGGUCUCAAGCCUUGGGUCAAGAGAAUCGACACUCUCGCUGCUGAGUUUCCUGCCGAUACCAACUACUUGUACACGACCUACAACGCCACCAGCCACGAUGUGACAUUCGAAGACAGGGGAAUCAUCGUUCUGGGAUCUGGUGUAUACCGCAUCGGAAGCUCCGUCGAAUUCGAUUGGUGUGCUGUCAAUGCUACUCUCUCACUCAAGGAUCAGGGCAAGAAGACUGUCAUGAUCAACUACAACCCAGAAACCUACAGCACCGACUUCGACGUUCCGGAUCGUCUCUACUUCGAAGAGCUUAGCUAUGAACGUGUCAUGGACAUCUACGAAAUGGAGCACGCUUCUGGUGUCGUUGUUUCCGUGGGUGGUCAACUGCCACAGAACAUUGCACUCAAGCUCCAGGAAACCGGCAAGGCUAAGAUUCUCGGAACCAACCCUGAGGACAUCGACAAGGCCGAAGACAGACAGAAAUUCUCGCAGAUUCUCGAGUCUAUCGGUGUCGACCAACCUGCCUGGAAGGAACUCACCAGUUACAAGGAGGCCCAGGCUUUUGCUAAUGAAGUCGGCUACCCGGUUCUUGUUCGUCCAUCUUACGUGCUUUCUGGUGCUGCCAUGACCGUCAUCCGCACUGAGGGAGAGCUCGAGGAGAAACUCCUCGCUGCCAGCCAAGUCAGCGGCGACCACCCGGUCGUUAUCACAAAAUUCAUUGAAGGUGCCCUAGAAAUCGAUUGCGAUGCCGUUGCUCACGAUGGUAAACUCCUCGUCCACGCUAUUUCUGAGCACGUUGAGAACGCCGGUGUCCACUCUGGUGAUGCUUCUCUUGUCCUCCCCCCUGUCCACCUCCCAAAGCGCACCAUGGAGCGCGUCAAGGAUAUCGCAAUCAAGGUCGCCAAGGCUUGGUCUAUCACCGGUCCCUUCAACAUGCAGAUCAUCUCUGCCAACAACCCAGAAGGCGGUGAACCACUGUUGAAGGUCAUCGAAUGCAACAUCCGUGCUUCUCGAUCUUUCCCAUUCGUCAGCAAGGUUCUCGGAACUAACUUCAUCGACGUCGCUACUCGUGCUCUUCUUGGCCAAAACGUUCCAGAGCCUGUUGACCUCAUGGACGUGAAACGCGACUAUCUCGCUGUCAAGGUGCCGCAGUUCGCCUGGACUCGUCUUGCUGGCGCCGAUCCUUACCUUGGUGUCGAAAUGUCCUCGACUGGCGAAAUGGCUUGCUUCGGUACCGAUCUCGUUGAGGCCUACUGGACUGCUGUGCAGAGUAUGAUGAACUUCCGUGUCCCACUGCCAGGUGAGGGACUCCUCUUUGGUGGUGACACAGAGACUCCUGAUCUCGGCAAGAUCGUUGACUACCUCAACCCUCUGGGCUACAAGCUUUACGCAGCAGACCAGAACGUCAAGGAACACCUCGAGAAGUCCUCGAAGGACGGCUCUGUCUCUGUUGAAGUGAUUGAGUUCCCGGUCGACAACAAGCAGGAGCUUCGCGGCGUGUUCGAGAAGUACGACAUCCGCGGAGUCUUCAACCUGGCCAAGCGCAGGGCUUCGAGCAUGACUGACAAGGACUACGUCAUGAGGAGGAAUGCGGUCGACUUUGGUCACCCAUUGUUCAUGGAGCCAAGGACCGCAGUGCUCUUCGCCCAAUGCAUGAGCGAGAAAUUGCCAAAGACGGAGGGCAUCCCCAAGGAAGUCAGGAGGUGGAGUGACUUCAUUGGCGGCAAGCCUUUGUAAGGCAAGGCAAGGCAGGAAGUGAAUUGUUGAUGUUUUUUUCUUUUCCUCUCUGAUCCGUGCCAAAAAGCGUAAGCGUAGAUACCUGAAUGCGAUGUAUUGCAACUCUCGAA